AUUAAAAUCAAGUUUUUAAUAAAUUAUAAAAUAAAAAUUGAUGAAAUACAUGUUUUAUUUACGGAAAAAAACCUCUGUUAAAGAUGCCAAUUCAAGGGUAAUCUUGAUUAAACAUCUCUUAAUCUGAACAAGGCAGAGAAUGAUUUCACAAAAUUGAGUUCUUUCACAGUUCUUCUUCCAUUCUACUUCUGGAUCUUCCUUGACUUCUAAUCUUCACCGUUGAAACUUCACUCUCGAUUAAUUCUUUUCUAGAAUCUUUGUCACUCCUAAUACCCUUUUUCUGUUGUCUUUUAGUUCUCAUUUUCCUUUUUCACUGCUCAUAAACUUUUUCAGCUGGAUUUCAGCUAAAGUGUAUAUCUUGAAAGUCCAUAUUUUGGAUGAUUUGAAGGUAUAGAGAAAUGGCGAUAACAAGAUUUGGUCCUCAAGUAAAACGCUCAUACCAGUCACAUGGGUUCCGCUUAAAGUUGACAGCAACUGCAAUAUUGGGCUUGUGUUUUGUAUUUGUGUGGUCUGUUUUUUCAAAAUUCUCGGUUACUUCUCAAAGGGAAAGCUUUGAUGAUAUUGCUGAACCAGUAUCUGCAGCAAGAGGGAAGGUGAGUGAUUUUCGAAUUCAUUUUGGAAAGGAAGAUCCAAAGAAAGGUCAAGAAAGUGAUGAAUCUCGAGUGGUGAAAUCUGAACCUACUUUGGAUGAUAAAGACAAGAAGAAGAUUAAUGGGUCCUUGCCAAUUAAACCUGAGGAAGGGCAGGACAAGGGGCAAAAAGAAGGGGAUAAGGAGGAAAGUCAAGAAAACAAGGGGGAAUCGGAGAUUGGGGAGGUAAUAAGAGAAAAGGGGGAAGAGGAAGAGAAUGGUAAGCGUGGUGAAGAGUUGAAUGGAGGGGAGAAUGCAAAUGAGGAGGGAGAACGAGAAUUUGAUUUAAUUAAUAGUGAAGACUUGGAUCAAGAAGCUGUUGAUGAUGAAAACGAGGUUUCAAGAAGCAGAAAGAAGAAAAAGGAAUUGGGUCCUUUAUUUGAUCCAAAAACACAAUAUAACUGGAAAUUAUGUAACACAAGAAGCAAACAUAAUUACAUUCCUUGCAUUGACGUUGAAAGUGCGAGUGGAAGACUGCAGAGUUAUCGUCAUCAUGAGAGGAGCUGCCCUCGAUCGCCUGUUAUGUGUCUUGUUCCUCUGCCCCAUGAUGGUUAUGGUGAUCCAGUGCGCUGGCCUGAAAGUAAACUGAAGAUAUUAAAUAAAAAUGUGGCACAUCCAAAAUUAGCUGCAUUUGUUAACUCCCAAGAUUGGGUUGUGGAGUCCGGGGAAUACCUCACUUUUCCUCAGAACCAAUCUGUAUUCAAGGGUGGAAUCCAGUACUAUUUAGAUUCCAUUGAGGAGGUGAGUUGCACAUAUUGGUUUUCAUAGGCUUAGGAACUGAUA